AACAUGCCAACGGUGAUCACUGGAGUGCUGACACCAGAACAACUCGAUGCCUAUCAAAUAGUUUACCGUAUCGAGGAGAUCACACAGAAGAUAUCUAACAAUGAUAUAGUGCCACCACAGAGGCUGUCACGGUCGCCAUCACCGCCGCCACAGUACGAUUCACACGGUAAGAGAACGAAUACAAGGGAACAACGCUACGAAAAGGCGUUGGAGGACGAGAGACACCACUUGAUUGAAAUUGCAGCCAGAAUCGUACCGCACUACGUUGCGCCAACAGACUAUAGAAGACCCAAGUCACUUGUGGAGAAGUACUUCUUACCUGUCAAGGAGCAUCCAGAGAUCAACUUCAUUGGCCAACUUUUGGGACCAAGAGGUAACACGCUGAGAAAGAUGCAGGAGGAAACAGGGGCCAGGAUCGCCAUCAGGGGCAAAGGCUCCGUCAAAGAAGGUAAGAACACCAGAGAUGAUCCACGUAGCGCACAUUUGAACGAGCCUUUGCACUGCUUGAUCACAGGUGAUAACGAGGACAAAGUUGCAGCUGGUAUAGCAGCCUGCAAAGAGGUCAUAAACAGGGCGAUCACUGCACCAGAGGGCCAGAAUGACUGGAAGAGAGGCCAAUUGAGAGAGCUGGCAGCGUUGAAUGGUACGCUAAGAGAAGAUGACGAUAGACCAUGUUCCAUCUGUGGAUUGCGUGGCCACAAGAGAUGGGAAUGUCCGAACCGUGAGAACUACACGUCACAGGUUGUCUGUCGUAUCUGUGGUAAUACUGGCCAUUUCGCAAGGGAUUGUAAACUCAAGGACAAUGCACAUGGGUCUUUCAACGUUGAGCAGGAGUUCAACAACAUGCUGAGUGAUAUCAAUGCCAAACACUACAUGAAUGAGGGACCACAGGCCAAGAAGAGACACAUCGAUGCUCUGCCACCGCCACUACCACAAGGUAAUAGAGCGUCCACUUUGGAUCCACGUUCAGGAUUGCCACCUCCACCAGGACUGUCUGCACCACCAGGGCUGUCAACUGCUUCAGGUGCGCCUCCAGGUAUAAGUGCGCCUCCAGGUAUAAGUGCACCUCCAGGCAUAAGUGCGCCUCCAGGUAUAAGUGCACCUUCAGGUAUUGGCGUGCCUCCUGGGCUGACUCCACCUCCUGGCCUUGGUGCACCUCCAGGAAUGGCAGCUCCGCCUGGACUGACACCUCCAGCUGGUAUAAGUCCGCCACCUGGACUGGCACCACCAGGUUUAAAUGCUCCACCGGGUCUU